UACCCCUCUUGGCUUUUGCCUUCGUGCCAAAACAGCCGGUUUACAACCAGAGUUUGCGUUUCGGCUCCUUCCUGUUUGGUUAGAGAGAAAAGAAAGGAAAAUCAAAAGAUGCGAAAGUUCGAUCCAUGGCCGGUGUUCUUCAAGCGCGAGUGGAAACGGAACUGGCCGUUCCUGGUCGGUUUCGCCAUCACCGGCACGUUCAUCACCAAGUUCUCUCUCGGUCUCACCGAGGAGGACGCGAAGAAUUCUCCGUUCGUGCAGAGGCAUAAGAAGAAGUGACUGAGCCGGGCACCCAAUGUAGAUCAGCACUUCAGUCGGCCAGACGACGAAAGGCGUUUAAUAACUAUUUUAUCUUGGUUCUUUUCAACCUAGCACGGUUCAUGAUGAUGUACACAUAAGUUAUUAGAACAAGUCGUUAUGCUACAUUUGCUCUACAAGAAAUCCCUGGGUGAUUUGCUCUAGUUUGUUAAAUGCACGCUGCUUUUCGAAGGGGAAAUUCAGCCUUUACGCCUUAAUUACCUCAA